AUGGAUAAAAGUAGUAGGUGUUUAGCAGACGAUAGGCCAUCAGUGGUAAAAGAAAUGCAUAAGGAUGGCUUACCAGUAGACAUUUCGGCGGAUGAGUCAGUGAUCGAUAGGACUUUGCAUUCCAAUGUAUCACAACCCGAAACACUUCCUGAAAAUCUUGUUGAUUCGGAAAAUAAAGUGCACAUGGUAGGUCACUGGAGUAGUGCCUGUGGUUCGUGUAGAUCUUCGAAUGAUGUUGAUAGUAACAGUCAAGAAGUGAACAAUCAUGUCCGAUUAGAAAACAACAGCAACGAGACGCAAGGCAAGCUGAUAACGAAAAUGUUACCUACUGGUCAAGUUGUCAAUCUGAUGCCAGAAUUAAAUAACCACGAAAGUUGUACAUUUUUUGGAGUGGAUAGCGAGGAACAAGACAACCAAUCUACCACCCAAGUUCUCGCUGACCGCCCGUUUCAGCGAUCCGCUCAAGCUCUCAGAAAUGACACGGAUUGUGUCGAAAGAGUUCGGAGAGAAAUGAAGAAGAUUUUGCUGAAGAUGGAUGAAACUAUUCCGAGUGCCGAUUCAAUUGAUGAUUUUCUUUGCGAAUGUUCCGUAAUCUUGAGAAAUCGUUGGCGAGCCCGGGACAAAUUUUCUGAAAUUGCAUUUCAGGGCUUACUUUUGGUGCUGGAAUUUUGCUUAGCUUACACGAAAUCAUAUGAUCCUAUGUUUGAUUAUUUUUUAUCGAGUUUGGGCUACAACUCGGUCGCGUUUUGGCGUCUCGCCGUUCCAUUGAUAUAUGACUCGGAUUUGUCGGCUGGUACCCAUUAUCGUGAUGCAUUAUUGUUCGCCCUGGCACUUUACGAUGUCAACAACAGUAAAAGCCGUUUACGGGAAUUAUACGCAGCUGUUCCUGGUGUUCGACAAAGUAUGCUUGGAAUCCAUGCCAAACGUUUCGGGGAAAAAUAUCGCCAUUUGCAGAUGAUGCGAAGCCGAGCAAGUUCACGAAGAUCCAGUAUUCAAGGGUCCAUUGAAAAUUUGGAUUUAGCAGAACUUGAAUUUGAUGAGCCGGCUGAAAACGAUGCACAUGCCGGAGGUGGGCUAACCGACAUUUCUCACCACAAGCAGCGUGUAAUCAAUGUUUCAAAUGCACCACCGGUAUCAAUAAAACGUAAGCUAAGUGGUAGCUGGGAAAUUCAACAAGGAAGUGGUGGAUUGGUAGCCUGUGUUGAUCCAGUAAUGAGUAUCGAUAAAGAAAACAUGUGGCUUGCGAAUAUUGGAAUGAAUUUGCAAGGGGCCGCUAGACAACUCAACGAAGAACAUGCACCACCUUCUACUAAUUCGCUUGGAUUGCCACUUCUUCGACAGGCCAAUGCCGGAGAAAUUUUUCAUGUUUUGGGCGACGAUCCGAAACCGAAUACAUUAACAGAAAAUGAGCGAGACGUAGAGCGCGAGAUGUCAUUGCUGUCAGUGUUGCAUGAUUACAAUAAAUCAAAUUAUCAAUUGAAUCCAGUAAUUGUAAAUCAAGAAGAUUAUAAUACAUACUAUGGCGGCAUCAGCAAUGGUUUACUGUGGCCCGUAUUGCACAAUUUACCGGAAUAUAUUGUUAAAGAUUACGAUGAUGAACAGAUACUUCGAGAACAUUGGUGUGCUUAUGUCAGAGUUAAUUAUCAAUUUGGAAUUAAUGCCGUCCGGAAUAGUCGACCGCAGGAUUUCAUCUGGAUUCACGACUAUCACCUAAUGCUUACAGGACAGAUGAUGAGAAGUUUAGAUAGUAAUCUAGAGGUCGGAUUUUUUCUGCAUAUCCCGUUUCAACCCCCAGACAACUGGAUGACGAAAUAUCGUAUCGUUGCGGAACCAAUAAUGCGAGCCUUACUUCGAUUCACAAAAGUUGGCUUUCAAACUCAUCGCGAUCGUCAGAAAUAUGUAGAACUGGUAAAAAAACAUAUAUCACGUGCCCGAAUUCAAUAUGAAAGUACAGUUGACAUAUUCACCGUCACUCAUGAUAAUUUCACUUGUUCAUUGGGUGUUUUCCCUGUGUCAAUCAAAAACGAAGAUUUUUUGAAUAUCGUGAAAAAUCCAUCAACUACAAAGCUUGCAAUUGAAAUACGAAAAGAGCUGCUUUCUGCUGGAUCCCAGAAAGGCUGCAUUUUUUUUUCUGUGGAGCGAUUCGAUUAUACGAAGGGUAUCGCUGAAAAACUUAAGGCGUGGAAACGUUAUUUUGAGAAAUAUCCGGAACGCAUCGGACUGGAUCUUUUAUAUCAAGUAGCAGUGACUAAUCGACGAUCUGUUGAAUCGUAUCGGGUCUAUCAAGAUAAUUGCAUGAAAAUUGUUAAUGAUGUGAAUACGGCAUUCCCUUGCAAACAGUUUCCAAAUUGGAAACCUCUGAAAUUCAAUAUGGAUGGUUUACCGCGAGCUAAAUUGGUGGCUCAUUAUUUGGCAAUGGAUGUGGGUGUUGUGACGCCGAUUAAAGAUGGCAUGAAUUUGGUGGCAAAAGAAAUGUUGAUUUGUAAUCCAGCAGCUGCACUCAUUCUUUCAUCGGGAGCAGGGACUGAAGUGCAGUUGGGCAAUGCUGGUUUUUAUGCCCAGGACAAGCAGUGUUACUACAGGGUCGAGGAUGUCACGAAUACCGAGAUAUUUGCCGAUUGCUUUUACAAAGCUGCAACAGAGUCCCUGGAGGUAAGGCAUGAUCACGGGAUUCUUUUGAACCAGUAUUUAAUGAGUCAUGAUAUCGAUGAGUGGAGUACAGCUUUCUUGGAUCCCUCAUGGACCCAUGAAGUAAUCAGACUCACUGAGGUAAAGCUUUUGGCCGAUUUUUAUCAACUCAUGAAUAAGACAUGUCAGGUGCGUCGACAAAUUGCUGAACGGGUUUUGAAAGGGAUUGCAAUUCGAGCUCAUUUCUCCGUUUCGCUUGAAAAUGCAAAGGCAUCGCUUGAAAACUCAUGUGUUCCUGGUACGUACACUCUGAUUCUGGAGACUGCUGCAGCAGGUGAUGAUUCAGAUGAGGGUAGCCAACAUCUGACUGCAAAGUUUGAUAUAACGAAUGAAUUAGCUGAAUUAGAAAACGAUCUUGAGUUCCUCAGAUUUAUUCAAAGCGAUGAAAUCAAUAAUGUGGAGCAGUUCGUUAUGACUCUUGGAAGUUAUCAUCCUGCUGGACAGGCAGCUUUCGUUGAUGAAGUUAAUAAGGCAUUUGCCUUAUUAACUGAAGGUGAUCAUUUUCAACAUUUCUUUACCGAUCGUGAUGGUACACUGAAAUCGUAUUCGUGUUCUUACCCAGCCAGUAUUCAGCCAGCAUAUUCUGCCGUCAUCCAAGCACAAUUUGCUCGACGUUGUGCCCAGUUUUGCGCAAUUGUUACUACGUCACCGCUGAUGCAUAUUGGUGUUUUGAAUGUCAGUACAAUGCCGGAAGGCUACUAUGCAUAUGGUGCAUCUGCUGGUCGUGAAUGGUAUUUAAAUCCGUCGCUGCAGUUCAAAGAUGAUAGUGUUAAUGACGCAGAUCUGGCUUUGCUAACAAAUGUCUUUGAAAGACUGGAAGAAUUACUUGAACAACCGGAAUAUCGUAACUUCACGUGGAUUGGUUCUGGUCUACAGAGACAUUAUGGACAUAUUACAAUUGCUCGUCAAGAUGUCAACUAUUCAGUUCCUAAGCAUCGUUCAUCCCUUUUAUACCAGGCAGUAUGUAAAAUAGUGAAUGAAGUAGAUCCUACAUCUGCAACUCUAGCAUUACGAGAGGGUGAAUUUGAUUUGAAGAUUUUCACGAAAGUAGCGCUGUCAGAAGUUAAUAGUGCGACGGCGAAGAUUUCUGGCCGAAUUUUUAAUAAGGGUCAUGGAAUUCGUUUGAUCAAAUCAAAAAUGGGAUUGAAACUAAAUUGUGGUAAAAUUUUGGUAUGUGGUGACUCUGAAACUGAUUUACCGAUGCUUGAAGAAUGUUUGAUUUGUUCGCCAGCAAAUGUUUAUACAAUUUGGGUCACAACAAAUUCCCAGUUGCAAGAAAAGGUCCUGCUUGGUGCGAUGGCAAAUGCAACCGUGCGCGAAAUCACAAUUCGGCCACAGGGAGAUGAUGAUGACGAUGAAGAAUAA